AUGGCUCAGAGAUCCGGAACCGAGAAGCUGAGGUCUAGUUGUGACCGCUGCACGGCGCUCAAGAUCCGCUGCGACAAGCAGACACCGACCUGUGGGAGGUGCAGAACGCCCGGCCUCACAUGCGUCUACAGCCCCUACCGCUGGAAAGGGAGGCCCUCAAGCAACAAAUCAAGGCGGCCAGAAGGACAAGAGGCUCCGGCUGAGCCAGCGUCUCAGCCGACACCGGUCGCGGAGGAAGAGCCCAGCAGCUCGCCAGUGUCGCGGGGUGGUUCGACGCAGCCACAACCGGGCACCCAGCACAGUUACCCCCAAUACAUGGAGCUUUCGUCUCCGGGUGUCGAUCGAGGUGAAUCUCCUCCAACUACCGAGUUCUCCUUUGAAAAUAGCCUUGACCUUGGCCUUUUCAAUCUUGAUUUUCCGGCCAGAGACACAUACCCACAUGCCCUCAUGCCCGUCAGCCAGACUGAACCAAGCUCCUUGUACUCGCCAACUAGAGUAGAGAAUGUUAUUCAGCCAUCUUAUCUGGUUGAAGCGACUACGAGGACUGCCGGAUGGGGGCACGAAUCCGACUCUGGCAUCCACUCCCUCGCAACCCCUAGCAUGGCCUCGGCUAUUACACGGGCAGAGGGAGACGACCUGAGUAGGGGACUGGGCUUACCCGUCGAAAGCGUGUCGACCGACCAGGCCUUGAAGGUCAACCGCGGCGCUUUGCAGACGUUGAAUCAAAUUGGAUCCAGGAAUUGCAAUAACUGCGCGGCUGAUGCUGAUCUGAAUCUACUUCUCAACACAACAUGUCACCGUAUGCUCAACAUCUACCGGUCGAUCUUUGAAUGCAUCGCGGAAAAAAACCACAUGAGCACAGAUCGUCGCCAAAAUGGGCUGGAACCACCAUACUUGCCCCAUUCUAACCCUGGUGGUCUCUAUUUCAGUCCUGUGCAGUUCAACGAAUUCAGGGUGGACAUGCUCACAGCACGGCGCCUCAACUCACAGCUUCUGAAGUAUGAGCUGGAAACUCUCAAGAGACUGGUAAAGGCGCUGGGGAACCCGAGACAUAGGCCCGGAUCCGCGGAAAGCUGCGCAGAUGCGAGUGCUCAAGGCCGGUCUGUGAACUCCGCCACCGCGACAUCAUACCAAGAGGUUCUUCGCCAGCUUCUUGCUAAUUCUAUCGAUGAGUUAAUUGCUGAAAUAGGAGAAUUUUGCCAAAUGUAG